AAGGCCCUCUCUCUUAUGCAGCAGUUCCCAGUCUGACCUGAGGGGGCGCUGCAGAUACAAUCUCAAACAGGCCUUAUUGAUUUGAGCUAAAUGUUUUAAGCUGGCAGCAGAUGUUUGUGAUGUUUCGGGAUCUCCAGCAGCUCUGAUUCGCUGACUCGUAUUUGUCUGGUGUUAGUGUAGUAGCUGCUCUCUUCCUGCAGGGGGCAGUGCAGCCCACAGUGGUAGAUUGAAGCGUUCUGAUGCUUGUGUUGCUGCUGCAGCAGACAGAUCUGGCCCAGUAUAUGACGCAGCACCCAGGAGGACUUCAUUCGCACAACGUGCGGAUCUUCAUGUUCCAGCUGCUGCGCGCCCUCAGCUACAUCCACGGUCGCAGGAUCCUGCACCGAGACCUGAAGCCCCACAAUCUGCUCAUCAGCUACCUGGGAGAGCUCAAGCUGGCCGACUUCGUGUACCACAGAAUAUUUAGUUUUUUCACUUUUAGAAAAAGAACAGGCGUCUGCUGUGCUUUUAACCGUGAGGGACUCCAUGGUGCAGGGCUGGCCCGGUCCAAGUCCAUUCCCGCCCAGAACUUCUCCUCCGAGGUGGUGACGCUGUGGUAUCGGCCCCCCGACGUUCUGAUGGGAUCCAUCCAUUAUUCUACGGCCCUGGACAUGUGGGGGGCGGGUUGCAUCUUCAUAGAGAUGCUGCAGGGAGCGCCAGCGUUCGCAGGAGGUUCUGAUGAGCUGGAGCAGCUGCAGAACAUCUGGACGGUUCUGGGCGUCCCAUCAGAGGACAGCUGGCCUGGGGUCAGUCUGCUGCCUAACUACAGACCAGAGCGGUUCAUUCACUGCAGGCCGAAGCUUUUUAGAGAUGUUUGGAAAAGGUAAGCUAAGCUAAACAAGGUAAUUUUAUUUAGACAG